AGUAGGCUAUGUAAAAACACACACUUCGCCAUAUCCUCAAGCCCACUUCCGAACUUCGCGUACGUGUGCUUGUGCGCGCGUGUGAAGAAGAGCAUGUUGGCCACACUUUAAAUUCGACUUUAAUCCCCAAUGAAGGUCCCAUGUCUGCUCUGUCAGUGAUGAUUGUGGCGCACACGGCAUGGAGAGGAACAUUGGAGACCAGCUCAACAAAGCUUUCGAAGCUUAUCGGCAGGUCUCAAUUGAAAAGGACAAUGCCAAAAAGGAGCUGCAGCAAAUGACUGAAUAUUAUCAGCAAUAUAUUCAAAAACUCCAGAGGCAGAUAGAAGACCAGCAGCAGCUGAUUGCACAACUUAAAGCUCAGCUGUCCGCAACAAGGAAGCCUUCAGGGGAGGUGAAAUGCGAGCCGUGCAUCCAUCUCGUUGAUGGGGCCAGCACACAUGGGAAAAUACAACAUCCGGAGACCAAAGGUACCGUUGCUGUUGUUCCGCUAAAGACGGUCAAUAACAGCAUUGACUAUCAGGACAUGCUGGAUGCACUGGAAGCCAUUCAUGGGACCUUUCGGCAGAUUCGCUCUCUAUCUCGAAGGCAAAAAGAUUACCUGAAGAGAUUCCGUGGGGGAAUAGAAACUGCAAAUGAUCAGCAGUUCUCCAUGCCCAUCCAGUGCACAGACCGUGCAGCAGAAGCCGAAACGCCCUUCUUCUCGGCGACAAGGUCGACAGUGGAUAUUCCGCUGGCGCCUACAUCACUGGCGUCGCGUGGUGCCAGCCCUGACGACAGGGACUUUGUAGACUCUCUCACCAAGUUCAGUGUCAAAUUCCCGCCUCCUGCGGAUAGCGAAUACGACUUCCUGAACAGCGCUCCGGAGAGGCACGUUGCUCUGACGGUGCCUAUGAGGGGGCCCCUCAGCGGCAUGCCUACCGCGGCCAACAACAACGAGGAGGAGGAUGAGCCCUCGGAACUGCCCGUGCCUUUUGUCAUCCCUGUAUUCCCCUCCCACACGACGUCCUCCUCGCUCUCCCAGGAGGACGUUCGGGGGCCGCAGCAGUCUCUGUGGAGCCCCGAGCUGUGCGAGGCAACCGACGUGGGUGCGGAGUUGGCGACGACUCAGAGCAGCAUCCCGGAUAAAUGCGCUUUCUGCCACGCCGUGGUUCCUCAGGAGCAAAUGAACAGCCACCUCUACUCACAUUUCUCUCCUAAGGAUGAAACCCACUGCUGACUUUGGACCGCCACGGCCAGAGACUUCAUGUAAGCGUGGCAAAGUAUGUUCACUGUGCAGGACACUGCAAUGAGACUUGAAUUGUUUUUAUUUAAUAUGGAAAAAUUGAAUGGUACAGUCCCCAUAUAUUUCUCUUUUUCUAAUACAGCUGAGGUUUUACUAUGAUGCAUAACGAGGAAAUAAAGCCAACAAUGAGUCUUUUAUUAUAAGGUGGAACAAAGUGUCAUCAUUUAGUUUUUAUAUUUUGAAAUUCAAUUUGCAUUAAAAAGACAAUUUAUAUAAUUUGUAAUUAAAAAAAAACAUUUUUGCUCUAUAUCCUAGCUUGGGUGUCGAACUCAUUUUUGUUGCGGGCCACAUUGUAGUUAUGGUUUCCCUCAGAGGGCCGAUACAGUAUGUCUGAAUCCAUGUACACUAAAUGUAUAAUGUCCUUAUGUAUCAUUGCAUACUGGAUAAAUUGCUUGCAAAAUCUCCAUGUUAUUAAAAGUGAAGACAAUUUAUAAA